UUUCUGCCUUUCUGGCCUUCUGGGGUGUCGUCAGCUAGAGCUAGUGUCACAUCCAACUUGUUUUUUUUCAUUUAGUAGGCUACAAUAAUAAAUCGACCAGUGCUUUAAACAUCUAAAACCAAGAAGUAAUCGUUAAGAUGGCAAAGGAAACGUCUGGACUUUUAAUGAAUGUUAUUGGGACACUCUCAUCCCUAUCUUCAAAUGAGCAACGUGACCGAGAGAAAGCGAAAUUAGAACGCGAAUUUAAACUAAGCGACCAGAGAUUGGAGAAACUCGUUACCACACACCACAGAGACUUGGCAAAUGUGAUGCAGAUCUACAGUAAAGUUUCUGUUAGCAUCAAUGACGCUAGAACUCGGAUAGCUAUGGUAAAAGGACAAUUGGCUGCUUGUAGAGGACUGUUACAUUGCAGAAGAGAUGAACUUAAGAAGCUGUGGCUCGAAGGUGUGGAGCAUAAGCAGGUUCUUUUAAUGUUGAAUCAAAUCGAAAAGUUAAAGGAAAUUCCUGAUAAAAUCAACGAGAAUAUAGCAAAGAAGAAUUACAUAGCAGCUGCUCAGCUUAUUGUUGAAGCCCACGAGAACUUACAAGGCCCGCUUCAGAAUGUUGAAGCUUUGAAAGAUGUCCGUAGUGAUCUUGCUACAAAGCAAGAGCGUUUCUAUAAGAUAUUGUUGGAAGAUUUGAGUCACUAUAUCUACGUGAAAUCGUCAAAUGAUGUACUGCAGUGGAAACGUGCUGCCAAUGCCCAACCAGCUUUCCAAAGAGCAUCUAGUGGUCGUAAUUCCUCUGGUAGGGCUUCUGGAAACAUGAUGACAAAGAGCGACGCUCCAAAAGUGAAAUCUCUUAUGCUAGAAAUUGUCGGCAGUAGUCAAAACUCUCAAGAUGAAAGCAGUAACCAAUGCAUUUCAAAUAUAAUCCAGUGCCUCGCUCUAGUGAAUAAAUUACCCGAAACGUUAGAGAGCUUGAAAAGUGGCAUGGGAACGGAAAUGACGGCGAUCACAAGAAAAACCGCCCAGCAAGUCAGCGAAGUUCACCCUUCCAGCAACAAAAACGUUUUGAAAGAACUCUUUGAGGCCGUAAUGGAGCAAAUGAGAAGGAUAGUGAAGGCGCAUGCAGUCGUGCUUGACAGUGUAAAAGGUUUACUGAAGGACCAGCAAUACAAUAAUGAUGUUGUUAUGUACACAAAAGAAGAUGUAUGGUCCCAAGUACAAACUGUGAUUCAGGUACUUUUGUCACAGUAUUGGGAUAUCGGUAGUACAGCGUCGAAGAGUAGCAAUUCGGGUGGUAGUUUCUCUUCGAAUUCGCAGUUGGCAGCCGCGGAUUUAAACGCCUAUUUUUCUAGGAGAAGGCAACCCAGGGCGCAGAAAACGACGCUUUUCAGGUUUGAAGGAUCCCUGCACUCCAUCAGCUUGAACGAUUCGAACAGCGAUCACUACAAGCAAGACUCACAUGGACUUGAUGGUUCCGAUCGGGUUUUGAUUGUCGAGCCUAACGCACGUCUGGUGAUUGAAAUAUACCAACCACUGAUGGCCUUUGUUCAAGAAAUUGAAACUGCUCUGGGAUGUAGCUCCCAAGGAACACAUUGCGCGCUUCAUGUAUUUAUCACCGUAUUUACACGUGACGUCUUCCUCAGUCAAAUUCACAUCGAAAUGGGCACCGCUCUAGAUGAAGCUACGCGAAAGCUAGAUAUGUGGAAGUCCGUGAACCCUACUGAAUCGUUACAGAGUACUAAGGCCACUCGUCCCUUGCUUCAGAGCACUGUACAAGUCUAUCGUUGUCUAAUGGAGAUUCGCCAAUUGAUGGAAGCUCUUCCACAAUUCGCUCAACAUUUUCUAGGAAUGACAUGCAACAUGCUACUCCGAUACAGUGAAACAUGUCAAGCAGCCUACAGAGGUUUAGUUCAACCGGACUCGGAGGACAAACGUGUGAUCAGUGCUACGUGGGCAAAGGAUGAAGACAUCCAUCGAUUUUUAAGGUCUCUUCCAAGUUGGACGGCUUUGCAAACUGUUCGAGCCCAUCGUAAUUCUGGGGCUACUGAUGGUGAGACUUAUGAAGACAGUCCAGAGGAAAUCAAGCAGCGAAGUGCGAAAGAAACGGAGAUCCUGACGGGUAAUCUUGGCGACGCCAUCAUUCCUCCGCAUGAGAUUCUUGCCGAUCCAGCGCAAAUGAGAAUAUUGGCCCUGCUCCAAGAAUCUUUGGAGUGGUUUGCUGCUCAUAUUCAAGAAUUAGCGAAUGUCAUAACCCGCUCUGGGGCUUCCGAAUCUCUCCUAGCUUUGCCGGAAUCCAACGUCCAGACGUUGCUGGAACUAGCAAAAGAUUUUGAAGACCUAGCCGAUACCUGCCUUUUAGUGUUGCACUUGGAAGUGCGUGUUCAUUGCUUUUACCAUUUGGUGCCGCUUGGGAGACAAGCGCAAUUUUGGCUGAAUGGCGAUAAUCAGGAGCCUGACCCUGAAAUUGGUCGACUCAGUCGCGAUUUGACAGCCAUCGACGAAUCUUUGUCGGCAUUUAUUCAACCGCGCAAACAUCGCUACAUUUUCGAGGGAGUUAGCCACCUUGUUUCCAGCAUCAUUAUGUCUUCAGUCCAACAUAUCCGUCGGAUGAACGAAAAUGGCGUUAAGAAAAUGUGCCGCAAUAUUUUUUCACUGCAACAAACGUUGACUAGCAUCACUUUGGCCCGCGAACCAGCAUUAGACCACGCUCGACAAUAUUUCGAACUGCUUUGCACUACCCCAGAGGAAAUUUUGAACGGUAUUCUCGAACGGGGAUCUCAGUACACGGAAUUGGAAUACAUCCAGGUACUUGAGCUGUUGAACAGAAGUCGCCCAGGUACGGCUUCAAACGAAAUCACUCGUCAUCUUGAGCGCCUUUCAGAAAUUCUAGGAGAAUUAGGCGUUACUGUUUAAGUUUGUUUGUUUAAUUAAAUCUCGUGACGCUUGCAUGUUUGACAGGCGUCACGCGAUAAACAUGUUCACUCUUCUCUAUGGUUUCACUCAAGAAGAUGAAUUCAUUUUUUCUUUCCUAUUCUCAUGGGUAAUCACCAUACAUAUAUACAUAUAUUACAUUUCUGCAUUUCCUGUUUUGAAACCCUACACGAUCAACUGGAUACACUGUGUAUAUCCCAC